GAGGCGCGGGAAGAGCCGGGCGCGAGGGGAAGGGGAGGCUGUGGUGUUUGGGGCAAGGCCGGGACCGAGGGGAUACGGAGAGGGUGAAGGGAGAGCGGUGGGAGCGGCAGGCUGGGGGGUCUGUGACGGGGCGGCGGGUGCGUGAGGAGCUCCGGGCUGUGCGGAGGGGCUCCGCUGCGCCCCGCGCCUCCUCGGCCCUCCUGCCGUGCUCCGAGCGCUGCCCUCAGCCGCCCCGCACGGCGCAGCGCCAUGGCCGCCUCCAGGCUCUUCACCCUCGUGCUGGUGGUGCAGCCGCCCCGCGUCCUCCUGGGCAUGAAGAAGCGCGGGUUCGGGGCCGGGCUGUGGAACGGCUUCGGAGGAAAAGUGCAGCCGGGAGAGAGCAUCGAGGAUGCUGCGCGCAGGGAGCUCCUGGAAGAGUGUGGGCUGACUGUGGACACCUUGCAGAAGAUGGGUCAGAUCACUUUUGAAUUUGUAGGCAACUCUGAACUCAUGGAAGUUCACAUUUUCCGAGCGGAUCAGUUUCAUGGAGAGCCAAAGGAAAGCGAUGAAAUGCAGCCUCAGUGGUUUCAGCUGGAUGAAGUGCCAUUCAAGCAAAUGUGGGCAGAUGAUGUCUAUUGGUUCCCCUUGGUGCUUCAAAGAAAGUUGUUUCGUGGCUAUUUUAAGUUCCAAGGACAAGACACCAUUCUGGAACACACCCUGAAAGAAGUGGAGGAACUGUAAGAGGAAGGCAGAGACAUUCAUUCCUGUGCUGCUUCCCAUAUUGGGCUGGGACACCAUGAGAGCUUACAGGGGGCUCCUUUCUCCACUCCCCAGCAAGAGGCGACUGCCAGGUCAUAGGGAAGUAAAGAAAACAAGGGGGUUUCUUAGAGCAGAAAUAAACAGGGACUUCACAGCAUGGAAAUUUUCACUGACUAUGAUAUGCUUUAGUAGUUACUUGAUUACAACUCUUGAGAAAUAAAGGGCUAACAGGAAGUUCUUCUGUUGUUGAUGUAUUUGGCCUUUCCAUCAUGGCUGGAAACAGUCUUACAAAAUUAAAAUUACUUUUCAGGAAAAA